AUGGAGCCAUGUGCGUCUGUUAAAGAUCGUAUUGGUCUCAGUAUGAUCAAUGAUGCUGAAAAAACGGGACGACUUACAAAAGAUCAUCAUAUUAUUGAACCUACUAGUGGUAAUACCGGUAUUGGUCUCGCUUUUGCGGCUGCUGUGCGUGGUUAUAAACUCACAUUAGUCAUGCCUGAUACCAUGUCAAUGGAACGUCGUAUUUUGCUCAAAUCAUUUGGUUGUGACGUUGUCUUGACUCCUGGAGCCAAAGGAAUGACUGGAGCUGUUGCUAAAGCAGAAGAUUUGGUGAAAAACAAGCCCGAAAAGUCGUUAAUUCUUGGUCAAUUUGAUAAUCCCGCUAAUCCACAAAUUCAUUUUGAGACCACAGGUCCUGAGAUUUGGCGUGAUACGGACGGACUGGUUGACUUUUUUGUCUCGGGUGUCGGUACUGGUGGUACUUUAACAGGUACAGCCCGUUAUUUGAAACCGAAGAAGCCAAGUAUUAAGAUUGUGGCUGUUGAGCCUGAAGAGAGCCCAGUCUUAUCAGGUGGAAACCCUGCACCUCACAAGAUUCAAGGAAUUGGUGCUGGAUUUGUACCUUCAGUACUUGAACGUGAUUUGAUCGAUGAAGUCAUUACAGCCAGUAGUCCAGAUGCCUUUGCUAUGGCUAAACGUCUAGCUCUAGAGGAGGGAAUUCUUGUUGGUCCGUCAUCUGGUGCUGCCGUCGUGGCGAGUCUUGAGCUCGCAAAACGUCCCGAAAACAAGGACAAGCUUAUUGUGACCAUCUUACCGAGCUUUGGUGAACGUUACCUGUCGUCGCCUCUAUUUGAAAGCGAGCGUGAGUUUGCGGCCAAUCUACAGACGUCGGAACUGCCGUAA